AGAUGACAAAUAUCCCCCUACCGAUUGAGUUAAUCCACGACCAUUGGAAGAGGCUUUCUUUGCUUGCACCUCGGAAUGAGGGUUCGAUGGAGGAGACACUUUUGGCUCACUUUGAUUGUUUUUACAACAAGUUCUUGAAUGAAGAUCAAUAUAAUGUAAAGGUCAAUUAUGUUAAGAAAAUGCAAAAGCUUGCUCAUCCGAAAAGCAGUACUCUCCUUGAACCCAAAGUGAAUGCAAGUCCAUGCGGUCGGAAGUCAACAAAAGAAAAAAAUGCAGCCAAAGAACAAAAUUCGACGCAUAGGGAUCCCUCGAAGUUUGAGCAUGUUCUGGCCUCCCUUCAAACCCCUAAGCUCGUUAAAGAGAAAUCGCGGCGCAAUCUGAAAGGGAAAGCAAAAGUUCCAGCACAACUUUUGAUAUGCCCCUCCAUCAAUCAGUUUCUGGAAGCAAUAAAACCUUACAUAGAAUCGGUCAAGGAUGUUGAAGAUGAUGGGAAUUGUGGGUUUCGGGCAGUGUCAGGCUUCAUGAAAGGCGAUGUUCAUGAGUGGUUAAUGGUAAGAAGUGAUUUGCUGAAAGAGUUGGAAAAACAUUUAGACCUUUAUGAACAAGUGGUAGGGGGGAGCCAGAGGGCUAUGGAAUUACUUCACAUCUUGUCAUGGUAUGAAAGUUCGGCGCCCUAGGAAUAUUGGAUGACAAUGCCAGACAUGGGUCACAUCAUAGCAUCUGCUUAUAAUUGUGUCCUCGUCCAUUUAUCAAAUAUUCAAUGUCUUACAUUCCUCCCCCUCCGAUCGAAGCCCUUACCCUUCAUGAAACGAAAGGUUAUUGCUAUCGGGUUUGUUGACGGUGGACACUUUGUACAGGUAUUCCUAAAGUCAGGUUCCCCUAUGUCGCCAAUAGCUUGUAAUUGGAAAAGACAUCGUCUUUCUAUCGCUAAAAAUUGGGAUGCAGCACAUGUUGCGGCCAUUCAUAAGUUCAACGAGAUCAUCGGCAUUGACGUAGCAACAAAGGAGGUCAUCCAUGUCAAUUAGCCAUUUUUCGAUUGACAAAUGAUUUAAUGUGUUGUAUUAUAUAAUGUGUUCUAAUAUUAUGAAAAUUGAAUGAUUACGUCUGCUUGUAGUUUUCGGAUCGUCAAGGAAACUCUUAUAUUGUAUUUCUGUUUGAAAACUCAUAGUUGUCAAGUCUGUGACAUUCUAUUCAUAAACUAGAAUGGUGUCAUGCUAUCUCAUAGUUUUCAUUCUGUUUGGAAAUUAGAAUCCAAUUCAAGGUGUACAAAUCAGAUACUAAA